AUGAAAUUCGAUCGAUAACUGAUUCGAGUUUGCCUUUAUAUGGUAAAAAGUAAAAUAUUAUAUAGUGAAGGGACUUCCGCUGGAUGAGAAAAGUAAAAGGAUUUCAUCCCCCCUCCAUGGCGGCCAAGGGUCUUUCUCACUUUUUUCAAAAGGAUAAGACCUUCCGUCCUAAAAGAAAGAUUGAAGAGGGAACAUUACGGUAUGAACUUCAUAAACAAUCCAAGGCUUCAUUGCACUCCGGAAUCAACUUGAAAGAAUGCGUGAAACUCCCAGAUGAUGAAGAUUCGAACGACUGGGUUGCUGUUCACAUUGUGGAUUUCUUUAAUCGAAUCAACUUGAUUUAUGGAGCAAUUGCCGAAGUCUGCACUGAUGAGAGCUGUCCAACCAUGUCUGGUGGUAAAAGGUAUGAGUAUCAUUGGUGUGAUGGAGACAAAUAUAAAAAACCAACUUCAGUUCCAGCACAGGAGUAUAUCUCCUUGCUAAUGGACUGGGUGGAGAGCCAAAUUAACAAUGAGGAUAUAUUCCCAAUUGAUAAAGAUGUUCCAUUUCCAAAAUCAUUUCUUCCAACUGCCAAGAAGAUCCUUACAAGACUCUUCAGGGUGUUUGUUCAUGUUUACAUCCAUCACUUUGACAAAGUACAAUCCUUAGGAGCUGAGGCUCAUGUAAACCAGUGCUACAAACAUUUUUAUUAUUUUGUCACCGAGCUUAACCUAGUGGACAGAAAAGAGUUGGAGCCUUUGAAAGCAAUGACUCAGAAACUGUGUUCUUGACAUGAAGGAAUAUAUUUGAGACCAUUAUUUGUAGUUUGUAAAUAGAUUACACUUUUCUAAAGUCGCAAUGAUAAUCCUCCACUGUGAAGUAUUUAGCCUGUUCCGGGCGUUAAAUUAGUACAACGGAGCGAAAUUGUAAGCGGCGCAAUAGUAACGGACGAGCGAAAGGGAGGCCUGGGUCGAUUCGCGACCUAACCCAGACCUCCGUCGUUUUUUCACUCCUUCGCUGCAAUAUCGCGUCGUUGACCAUCACGCUUCGUUUAACUAACUGAAUGACUGCAAAAAGCUAUGAAAUAUUUAAUGAAGUCAAAAUCACGCUUUCAUAUAAAGAUUAGCCUUGAAUAUGCAUGCAUAUUUUCAUUGAUUGAAAAUUAUAUCAUCUUCUAUUGAUGGAGACAUUUUUACAAAUUUGAUAAUCAGUUGUUUAUAAGAAAAUCUGGAUUAACCAUUACGGAGAAACGGCAUUAAGCAUUAAAAGAAGAUUUACUUGUUACUUCCAGGUGGAAAAAGUUUGGUAUAUCAGCAUACGUUGAUUCUUUAGGAAAGAUGGAUAAAAGUAAAGAGCUAUUUUCUGUUUUUGUACUUUCAUCAAAUGUCGAACUUUCUCAAAGGUGAUUCGCCCAAUAAAACCGUACUCUACCUCCA